AUGGGAGAGGCGGGUAAGGGCUAUCUUGGAGGAUUAGGUCCGCUAGACUCGGACUCGGGUAUGACGCAAAGGAAAAUAUUGGCGGUGAAGAAGCCUGUAUACGUCAACAAAAGCGGCAGCAAGCUGCCGAUCGACUUUCAGAGCUGUUUCCGUAAGCCAGCAACAAUGGCCUACUUACAGUAUAUUGGAAUUUUCACAAUCUUAGCUGUGGGACAAACAUGGGCAGACCUCAAAGUGUCUGAACAUGAUAUAAAAGUUCAUGUGAAUAGUAAUACAUCAUAUCUAUUGUAUCUGACAGGAAGUAUAGCAGAAAAUAUAUCGGUAACAUUAGACAUACAACAUCCAGAUUUGAUCGCUGUUCACCCUCCUAAAAUAAAUUUUAGUCAAAAUGAAGCAGGCAACACAUGGAAAAUUAAUGUAAAGGGUCUUAAUGCUGGGCAUUCCAUUGUUAGUGCUAAUGUUACACCUGCCAAUGUUACAGAUGUUUCGCAAGCAUUUGUCAGAAUUACUAUAGAGAAAUCAGAUGCUCUUUAUCAUCUAAGUACUGUAGUGGGAUGGAUAUACUUUUUAGCAUGGAGCAUCAGUUUCUAUCCCCAAAUAUACAGCAAUUACAAACGCAAAAGUGUCGUAGGUUUAAAUUUCGAUUAUUUAUCCUUGAAUCUGGUCGGUUUUAUUAUGUACGCCUUGUUUAAUUGUGGCCUAUUUUGGAUUCCAGAUAUCGAGCUUGAAUAUUUUAGGCGAUAUCCAAAAGGUUUAAAUCCUGUACAAGUGAAUGAUAUAUUUUUUUCAUUGCAUGCAGUAUUCGCCACUGUGAUAACUAUUUUUCAGUGCUUCAUGUAUGAGAGGGGCACACAAAGAGUAUCCACGACUGCACGUAUUAUUCAUUGUAUAUUUGCAGUCUUUAUAUUAAUUUCUAUAAUACUAGCCGCUGUAAAUACACUGGCGUGGCUAGAUUUCCUGUAUUAUUGUAGUUACGUCAAAUUAUGUAUAACGUUAAUCAAAUACGUUCCACAAGCAUUUUACAAUUACAAACGGAAAUCCACUGUUGGUUGGAGUAUCGGCAAUAUAUUUUUAGAUUUUACCGGCGGUAUUUUAUCAAUGCUGCAAAUGAUAUUGAAUGCUUAUAAUUAUGAUGAUUGGGAAAGUAUUUUUGGAGACCCAACGAAAUUUGGUCUAGGAUUCUUCUCAGUUGCAUUCGAUGUAUUUUUCAUUAUUCAGCAUUACGUUCUAUAUCGGGAUCGUAAAGAAUACGAUGAAAUACCUGGUAGCAGUUACGAAGAAUCGCAAGAAGAUGCACCAAACAGUGCAUUUGUUUGAAUUUCUGCCGUUUUGUCUGACUGAUUACUUUAUUUUCAUAUAUUUAUUCUAAUAAAGAACGAUCCAUCUAUCUAUCAUUCAAACACAAGAACGCUGACAUACCGCCAUCAAUGCAUUGAUGCUGGACUUGAAUACGUAAGAUGAAAAUAUAUUCUUACCGAACGAAUUGAUGCAUCCACCGAUGAAAAUUCCAACGCCAGCCAAGCAAAUGUGGAAGAAGCUUGAUAAGAAACAACACAGAAUCGAAUACUUUGAUUUCUUUUCAUUACAAAUCACGCACU